UCUCUCCGCCCCGGCCGAGUUCUCCACGGCUCGGCGGGACUCGGGCUCCCGGGAGGACGCGAUGCCCGCUCGCCUGCUGCCGCUCCGGUCCCGUCCGAGUCCCGAGUUGUGGUCGCGGCCGGGAGGGUCACAUUCGGACCCCGCGGAAGAAGAUGAGCCUGAAGUCCGAACGCCGGGGAAUUCAUGUGGAUCAAUCUGAGCUCCUGUGCAAGAAAGGAUGCGGUUACUACGGCAACCCUGCCUGGCAGGGUUUCUGCUCCAAGUGCUGGAGGGAGGAGUACCACAAGGCCCGGCAGAAGCAGAUCCAAGAGGACUGGGAACUGGCAGAAAGACUUCAGCGGGAGGAGGAAGAGGCCUUCGCUAGCAGCCAGAGCAGCCAGGGAGCUCAGUCCCUCACAUUCUCCAAGUUCGAGGAAAAGAAAACCAAUGAGAAGACCCGCAAGGUCACCACGGUGAAGAAGUUCUUCAGUGCCUCUUCCAGGGUUGGAUCCAAGAAGGCAGAAAUUCAGGAAGCCAAAGCUCCCAGUCCCUCCAUAAACCGGCAAACCAGCAUUGAGACGGAUCGAGUGACUAAAGAGUUCAUAGACUUUCUCAAGACCUUCCACAAGACAGGCCAAGAAAUCUAUAAACAGACGAAGAUGUUUUUGGAAGCAAUGCAUUACAAAAGGGAUUUAAGCAUUGAGGAGCAGUCAGAAUGUACUCAGGACUUUUACCAGAAUGUGGCCGAAAGAAUGCAGACUCGUGGGAAAGUGCCUCCAGAGAAAGUGGAGAAGAUAAUGGAUCAGAUUGAGAAGCACAUCAUGACCCGUCUCUAUAAAUUUGUGUUCUGCCCUGAGACUACUGAUGAUGAGAAGAAAGAUCUUGCCAUUCAAAAGAGGAUCAGGGCUCUGCACUGGGUGACACCUCAGAUGCUCUGUGUCCCCGUCAAUGAGGAAAUCCCGGAAGUGUCUGACAUGGUGGUGAAAGCGAUCACAGACAUCAUUGAGAUGGACUCAAAGCGUGUGCCUCGGGACAAGCUAGCCUGCAUCACCAGGUGCAGCAAACACAUCUUCAACGCCAUCAAGAUCACCAAGAAUGAGCCAGCCUCUGCCGACGACUUCUUGCCCACCCUCAUCUACAUCGUCCUGAAGGGCAACCCCCCUCGCCUGCAGUCCAAUAUCCAGUACAUCACUCGCUUCUGCAAUCCCAGCAGGCUUAUGACGGGUGAAGAUGGCUACUACUUCACCAACCUGUGCUGCGCUGUGGCUUUCAUUGAGAAAUUGGAUGCUCAGUCGUUGAAUUUAAGUCAGGAGGAUUUUGACCGAUACAUGUCCGGCCAGACUUCCCCAAGGAAGCAGGAGUCUGAGAGUUGGUCCCCCGAAGCCUGCUUAGGUGUGAAGCAAAUGUAUAAGAACUUGGACCUCCUGUCUCAGUUGAAUGAACGGCAGGAAAGGAUCAUGAAUGAAGCCAAGAAACUUGAAAAAGACUUAAUAGACUGGACAGACGGAAUUGCCAAGGAAGUUCAAGACAUUGUUGAGAAAUACCCACUUGAGAUUAAGCCCCCAAACCAACCCUUAGCAGCCAUUGACUCUGAAAACGUGGAGAACGACAAGCUCCCGCCCCCACUGCAGCCGCAGGUGUACGCAGGGUGAUGUCUUGCUCAUGGCCAUAUUUACUUGGGGCUGAGUUCAGGGAGCUGCUGCGUUCCACUGUUCAGGUCUGGAAUACGAAGUAACUGCUUAAGUCAUCCAAGUAUUUUUAAGGUACAGUUUUAGGAAUUGUUUUGUUUAUUUUCUUUUUUCUUUUUCCUUUUUGUUAGCAGGGGAAGCUAGUAAAUAAUAAUGCACUAUUUAUUUGAGUUGGUGAAGUAGGGUUGUGUGAAUUCUGUUUCAAUCUUUUAUGUCCUCCCUGAUUUUCCCAUGGGCUUCCUCUGUGGUAGACACUGUUGUUGGUUUGGGGCAAAUAUGCCUUUAAAAGGAUAAAACAGAUACUACAAAGUCUAUGUUGAAAUGAAUCCGAUAUUCCCACACUCUCCCAGUGUGAAGUAAUUUUGUAAUUGUAAAGAUAGAAGAUAUGUUAAUAAGUAAAUAUGUAAAAUUGUAAAUAUGUAAAAAAAAUAGGGCUGGGGGAGGGAUGGUGUCCGCGUGCAUGGCAUUUCACAUGCUGUUUGGGUUUUUUAGGUGAAAAUGAAAUAUAUUGAAUGUUUGCCUUUAGCACCAUUUUAUUUGUUUUGUCCCACUAAAAAUAAUCAAAAAUUUUGGGCUUUCACCUUUAACAUUACAUUCGCACUAACUGCCCUAACUCUGAGGUCCUUUCGGGUACAUGGUAUGAAGUUGUGACACCAACUUCUAGGUCACAUGAGGUGUUGUUCUGGGCCCCUGGGAAGGUGGCUCAGUUUGUAAGUGCUUUCCACACUGGGGUGAGGAUCUGCACUCGGUGUCCAGCACCGUGUCAGAAGCUCAGCGUGGUGACAGGCACUUGUAAUGGCACUGCUGGGAGGCAGUGGCGGGCAGGGACCUGGUCCGUGACUAGCAAGCUUUGCCUCACCUCACCAGGGAGAGACCCUGGCCAAACCCUAAAUCUGGACAGACGGCUCCUGAGAAAUGGCACCCAAGACUGACCUCUGGCCUCCACAUGCCCACAUAUGUGCCUGCGUACCUGUGUACGCAUGUGAACCACACACACAUGAACACGUCACAGAGUUGCUGGUUAGUAUGGUUGACUCUGAACCGUGCUUCUAGCUUCCUCUCCCUUAAUCAUCCAACAAACUGCCCCACCUGUCGCGGGGCUUGUUGCUUUUCUGUUUUGUUUUUGCCCCUUGGGUUGUUUUUGUUUUUUAGGGUUUUUGUUUGGUUUGUUUUGUUUUUGAGACAGGCUGUUGCUAUAUAACCCAGGCUGGCCUCAAACUUCUGAUCCUCCUACCUCAGCCUCCCAAUGGUGGGACUUAUGGGUAUGUACCACCACACUCAGCUCAUUCAGACACGACAUCACUGAGUUCUGUGAUGCAGAGACUUGGUUUUGGAUGCAAGUUGGAAUGAGUGAAUGAGGCUUAUGGGGGUUGACAGGGAACUUCAAGCAAGAGGGUGCCUUGCAGCCUCCGGUCUCCUUUAUCAACAGGUAACAGUCAACAGAUUAAGUAAGCCUUUCAGAACUGACAUUAGUGGACUGAGAAUCCUGUUGCUGUGUAUAUUGUGGGAUAGUUGAGUAGCAUUCCUGCUUUCUGUACCCAGUAGAUGCCAGCAGCCCCCUGUGUUUGUGGGAUAAUGGUCUCCAUUCCUGGGGUGACACAGAUGCACAAUCCUGGUACUCAGGAGGUAGAGGCAGAAGGAUCAGGAGUUCAGGUCAUCCUUAUACACAUAGUGAGUUUGAGGCAAGCCUGGGCUGUGGCUAUCCUGUCUCAAAGAAAGAAAGAAAAAUUAAACUUGUCUCUGGACAUUAUUAAAUGUCUCCUGGGGGACAGAGCUAGCUAGCUCUUGCUUAGAAUCACUGGUCUCUUGCAAGCAAGGGGUUUGUGCUCCUGCUAGUUAAUAUGCUAUAACCAAAGAAUAUUGCGUUGAUUAUAUAGUCUAAUGCUACUUUUUGAUGUCUCCCUCAGAGAGGCCCUGCAGUGAGGACCCUUCUCUAAUCCUUGUGAAACUUUUUAUACCAUGAUUAUAUCAUGGAUGGAUGACUCUUCUACAUGGUUAUCAGCACCCUUGUGAAAUUAGGAAUUCUUCAGGACACCAUUCUUGAACAGUGUCAUGGCAUUCGAGCAGCUGAGAAAGGCUUUCUUCCUUUCUCAACAUAUUUUCCUAAAUGUUUACUACAAAAAUGUAGUAUAAUAAUUUUGGAAUAAAACUAGGGCAAAUAUAUAACUUAAAAAUAUUUAGUUUAUUUUUAAUUAUGUGUAUGUCUCUGUGUGCAUGUGCGUGUGAGUACAGGUACCUAUGGGGGACAGAAGAGGGCAUCAGAUCCCCUGGACCUAGAGUUACAGGCAGUUAGUAGUAAGCCACCUAAUAGAGUUGCUGAGAAUCAAACUCAGGUUCUCUGCAAGAACAGUAUGUGCUGUUAACCAUUGAGCCAUCUCACCAGAGUGAAAUAUAAAACUUCAAUGCUUUAUUUAAGCUGGUAUUAAAUAUACCAAAUUUGACACAUUUGACUCUUACUAAAGUCAUAAGACAGCUGAAUCAGCUGUCCCCAAUUACAGCCAGAAGGCAGUGAAUUACACUUAGAUGCAGUGAAGGGACUGAGGAGAUGGCCUGAUGCAAGCAUGAGGCCCUGAGUUUAAUUCUGAGAACCUGUGUUAAAAGCCUGGCUUAGUGGCAUAUCCUUGUAAUCCCAGCUCUGAGGAAGUGGAGACAGGAAGAUCCCUGGACUCAUGGGCCAGCCAGCCUAGUCUCCUGGGGGGAGUUCCAGGCCAAUGAGAGAUACUGUCUGUCUUCAAAAAACAAGGUGGGUAGCAUUUCAGAGGAACUAAAUUCAAGGUUGAUCUCUGACUUACACACACACAUAACCAGUUGGGAUCUUCACUCACAGUAACGUGGGCCCAGGUGAUUUCAGUGGCUAGCACACUUUCCUUUUCUUUUUCUCUACUUUCUAGGUGCUAAUCCAGGCCCACAUAGUCUAAAUUUUCCUGGAAACAUCCAGUUCUUUUAGGUGUACAUUAUUAAAUAGAAUAAUCAUAUCAAAGCUGGUGGGGUAGAAACAGAAGGAUCAAGAGUUCAAGGUCAAUUUGAUCCCCGGCACUGUAUAAACAAACAGAAAAAUAGUUCAGAGUCAGCCUUGGCUAUAUUAGGAUUUCAUGGCCAACCUAGGCUAUAACACCUUGUAUCAAAAAACCAAAAUAAGUACCCCUCAGCCUCUCACAAAAGCUGACUGCUGUGUUUCUUGCAGGUUGCUCACUGAAUUUCUGUGGAUAUGUCAUGUUGGUCCAGUGCUUGAGAUAAUGGUCUCAUGCCUCAGGUAGAGGCUUACAUUUCUCUUUAGUCAGCAUCACAACAGUGGCCAGAGAUUCUGUUUUCUGAACGUGAAAGUGUGGUAUUUAUGUAUUGUCAAUGUGAUUUGAAUCAAGUGUUGGGAAAGAUGUCCAUAUCAAUAAAAGUUUCAUGAUCCAUCCUUCUUCCAA